AUGAAGAUAACGUUGAAAGUAAUAUUCCAAAAAAGAAAUCGGUCUCAAAUUAAUUUGGAUGGUUCAAGAGAAAAAUCUGAAGAGGAGGAGGAUGAAGGAAUUGACAUCACUCCAAUUCAUUCUUCCAUACGAGUUAGAUUUCAUAAAAUAUGGAAUGCCACCAUCCAUGUUAUAGGUGUUGGUGACAUGAGUAUCGGAGAAAUCAUCCUUUUACUAUUUUUCAUUUUCUUUAAUUUAUUUUACACCUUUUAUCCAUUUCAAUCAUCAUCAAAUACAAACUUCUCGACUGAUCUAAAUAACAGAGCUGGUUGGAUCGGUGUAGCGAAUGCUGCUUUUGUAUUCCCUUUAGCUUCUCGUAAUUCUAUAUUUUUAACAUUCUUGGGCAUACCUUAUGAACGUAUCAUUAAAUUUCAUAGAUGGACUGGUAGAAUGAUAAUUGUUUGUAUAUUGCUCCAUGGUAUGGGCCACAUACAAAAAAGAUAUCGCGAAGUAGGUGAUCUAUAUACAACAAUAUUUGGAAAUAUUACUUAUGCGAGAGGCUUUGUAGCUUUUCUUGCCUUAGCAUUACUAGGAUUAUCUUCUCUUUCAAUAUUCAGAAGAAGAUACUUCGAAUUUUUUUAUUGGGCUCACAUUGUUGGCUUCAUAACUUUUGCUAUUGCAAGUAUUGUUCAUCAACCAAGCAAUCUUUAUUUUGAGAUAUUAGGAAUUUCUCUUUACUUGAUGGAUGUUUCAAUUAGAUUCUUUUUAUCAAUGAAAAAGGCAAAAAUUGUUAAAUUAGAAACAAUAGAUGAUGACAUUACAAAAGUUACCUUUAAAUAUAACAUGUUUUAUGAAGCUGGACAAUACAUUUUUGUGCACUUUUCAAAUCUAAAAAGACCUUUGUCAACUCUAGCUUGGCACCCUGUAUCAAUAUCUUCUUCUCCUACUUCUUUCUUAUCAUUAAACAACAAUAUAUCAACAAUCCAUUUAAAAACAAUUGGCAAAUUCACUAAUUUGUUAUUUAACAGAGCAUCAAGAGAAUCGAAUGUGAUAAAUCCUACCUUAAAUAUAAGUAUUGAAGGACCAUAUGGUAAAUCAGGUGUAGAGUUCAUGGAUCAUGAAACUGUAAUGUUGUUUUCUGGUGGAAUCGGCGUCACUCCUAUGAUUAGCAUAUUACGAAAUUUAGUUGAUCGUUUAAUUUCUGGUAUGGCAAUUGCAACGAAUGCAAUUUAUUUCAUAUGGGUUGUUCCUAAUCUUGAUUCGUAUCAUUGGUUUUCAACUGAACUUCAAGAAGUUCAAGAUAAAUUUAAUACAAUACCAAAUAAUUCUUGCAUAUUAGAUAUACAAAUUUUUAUCACAAGACCAAAUUCAAAUGAUGAUAUUUCAACUUCUUCGAUACUACAUAUUGGUAGACCAAAAUUUGAAGGGAUAAUGCAAGAUGUUAAAAGGUAUCAAGGUUCGGGUGAUGUGGCUGUUGGUGUUUGUGGUCCAUCCCUUAUGCUUAAAGAUGUAACAAAUGCUGCUAUAUCACAAAGUACCCGUAAAGGCCUUUUCAUAGUACACACUGAAACAUUUGAAUUAGCAACGGUACCUGCAGGAACUGUAGCAGUCCCAAUCGAAGAUAAAUCAAAUUAUGAUGAUGUAUUAAGUAAUACUGGCGUAGAUUUAAAAGAGGAAACAGAUAAUAUUUUGAGAGAAAAUGAAAUAAUAGGUUUACGUCAACCCUCUUCUAUAUUUCAACCUGAUCGUUCAAAAAUACAAGAUUUUGUAGAUCAAAGAAAGUUAUCAGCAUUAGUACAGUCAAUAGCAAUUAAACAACAUAAAGCGAUGAUGAAUAUGCAUCCAGAUUGUUUAACAUAUUUAGCACUUGCAACACAAGAAAGAAUAACAAAUUUAGUAGAAGCGAUGAUUGCCGCAAAAAAUAAUCGAAUAGAAUCAGAGAAUGUCAAAUUUCCAACAUUAUCACCAGAAGAAGUUUUAGUUUCUGAUGCAAAAUCUCAACUACUUGCAUUAGAAAAAAUUGAACGAGAAGAAGAACGUAAAAGGAGAGAAUUACUAUUUGGUCCGGAAAUAACUGAGAAUAAUGAAAAAAGCGAUGAUAUAAACGGACCAAUCGAAGCACCACCACCAAAGCGCAAAAGACAAAAGAAAGAUUCCAAUGCAAAUGCUGCUUUACAAAGAUUGACAAAUGAAGCAAUCGCAACUAAAAUUACAAAUCAAACCGCUUUGGUUGCUGCUGGUGGUUUGACAAAAAGUUGGAUCGGUAGACAACCACGUUCACGUUCAUUAUCAGUUUCAGCUGGCAAAACAACAAAGAGAGAUAUCAAUACUGCUUUUGGUGGUAAAUCCUCAUCUUCACAAUAUAACACAUCAUCAAACAAACAGAAAUUUGCAAAUGGUUCCACCACAUCUUCUAAACAACAAUCAGAAUCAAAUGAUUCAUCUAACUCAUUGGUAACAAUGAAAGAUGCUCUAUUUGUUUUAGAAAGAGAUCGUGGUGGAGGUGGCACCAAUUCACUUGUAAAG